AGCAUCGGCAGUCGUUAUCGCUAAGCUAUCGAUCACUACAGCAACGCAAGCGCCAACGACGCGAACGGUUUUUAGUCAUAUUUCGCUAUUUUUGCGCGACGGUUGCAUUCGCUUUGACAGUCGCCUGUGUCGUCUAUACACUGAAUACAAUGGGCUGGUUUUUUGCGUUACUUGCUGCGAUCAUCGCUUUGCUGCUAACAAGGUCUUGGCGCUGGUUCUACAUCGCGGGAGCAACAGCCAAACGAGAUUUAACCGCUCUGUGGGCCUAUGGAAAGCUGUUGCGCUACACGAAACGGCGUGAACGUCUCAACAACACCGUGGCCGAUGUCUUCGAGGAGAAUGUGCAGGCGCAUCCGGACAAGGUGGCCGUCGUCAGCGACACACAGAGAUGGACCUUCCGUCAGGUCAACGAGCACGCGAACCGUGUGGCCAACGUGCUGCAGGCGCAGGGCUACCAGAAGGGCAAUGUGGUCGGCCUGCUGCUGGAGAACCGGGCCGAGUAUGUGGCCACCUGGCUGGGCCUGUCCAAGAUUGGCAUCAUUACGCCGCUGAUCAAUACGAAUCUGCGUGGCCCGUCGCUGCUGCACAGCAUCACGGUGGCCCACUGCAAUGCCCUCAUCUAUGGCGAGGAUUUCGUGGAGGCCGUUGCCGAUGUCACCAAAGAUCUGCCAGCCGACAUGGCACUUUUCCAGUUCAACAACGAGAACAACAACACUCAAUCGGAUGCCAUCAAGCAGGCCAAGAAUCUGAAUACGCUGCUCACGGCAGCCAGUGUGGCCAAGCCCGGCAAGACGCAGAUGGGCCACCACGACAAGCUCGUCUACAUCUAUACCUCGGGCACCACGGGCUUGCCCAAGGCCGCCGUCAUCUCGCAUUCGCGUUAUUUAUUCAUUGCCGCCGGCAUCCACUACACCAUGGGCUUCAAGGAGGAUGAUACGUUCUACACGCCUUUGCCGUUAUACCACACCGCUGGAGGCAUCAUGUGCAUGGGUCAGGCUGUGGUCUUUGGCUCCACGGUGUGCAUACGCAAGAAGUUCUCGGCCACCAACUACUUUGCCGACUGCGCCAAGUUCAAUGCUACUAUUGGUCAAUAUAUUGGUGAAAUGGCCCGCUACAUUCUGGCCACCAAGCCAUCCGAGUACGAUCGUGCGCAUCGUGUGCGUUUGAUGUUUGGCAACGGUUUGCGUCCGCAGAUUUGGCCACAGUUUGUGGAGCGCUUCAACAUUGCCAAAGUGGGCGAGUUCUAUGGCGCCACCGAGGGCAAUGCGAACAUUAUGAACCAUGACAACACUGUGGGCGCCAUUGGCUUUGUGUCGCGCAUCUUGCCCAAGGUUUAUCCGAUUUCCAUUAUACGCGCUGAUCCCGAUACGGGCGAGCCCAUCCGCAACAAGGAUGGCCUCUGCGAGCUGUGCGAGCCCAACGAGCCCGGCGUCUUCAUUGGCAAAAUCGUCAAAGGCAAUCCGUCGCGCGAGUUUCUUGGCUAUGUCGAUGCCAAGGCAUCGGCCAAGAAGAUCGUCAGGGACGUGUUCAAGCAUGGUGACAUGGCAUUUCUGUCUGGCGACUUGCUAGUCGCCGAUGAGAAGGGCUAUUUGUACUUCAAGGAUCGCACGGGCGACACAUUCCGCUGGAAGGGCGAAAAUGUGUCCACCAGCGAGGUGGAGGCGCAGGUCAGCAACGUGGCUGGCUACAAGGACACCGUGGUGUACGGCGUCACAAUACCGCACACCGAGGGACGUGCCGGCAUGGCUGCCAUCUACGAUCCGCAGCGCGAACUCGAUCUGGAUGUGUUCGCGGCAAAUCUUGCCAAGGUGCUGCCCACCUAUGCGCGUCCUCAGAUACUGCGAUUGCUCACCAAGGUGGAUCUGACGGGCACGUUCAAGCUGCGCAAGGUGGAUCUACAGAAGGAGGGCUACGAUCCAAAUGUGGUCAAGGAUGAGCUCUACUAUCAAACGUCAAAGGGACGCUACGAACGGCUCACUCCCAGCAUCUACGAGCAGCUGCAACGCAAUGAGAUCAGAUUUUAGUUGCUCGCCUAACAGGGUUAUGUUUUAUUUUUAUUCCAUGGUUCUUUGCCUUAUCCAAACCUAAUGCUGUUAAUUAAUGUGUAAGAACCUCUUCAACUAAUGCACACUCCCAUAUAUAUAUAUAUAUAUAUAUAUAUAUGUAUAUUCAUAUGUAUUUAGUAUAUAGCAAAUUUGUGCAUUUUUGUUUGAAACGCAUUUGCGACUGUUUUGCAUUUGACCCAAAACUUUGUUAAGUGCAAUUUUAACGUGCGAGUGUGCGUGUGUUGAGCGCGUGUGUGUCUGUUUAAUUUUGUUUGUCUUAUUCUUAGUCACUUAGUAGUAUAUGAAUUUUAGAGACCACAGACCAUUUCAUAAAGUAUAUAUAUACGUGCUUAUAUAAUAUGUGAAAUGCUUUAUUUCCAGCCUGUACAUACGUGCAGCCAUUUGGUAACUGUCCUAAUUUUAUAAAUCCCUUGCUUAUCUAUCAUAAUAAAGUUCUACAAUCAAUUUUUCUUUAUUGAAUA